AUGGGAGUACAUCUGUUCUGGCCUUACAAUUGGUACGGGGGUCCACAGCAGAAGCGGCAGUACUGGCCUAUAGAGCGGCUGGUCCUCCCCGACUACUCGUACGUCACCAAGGAAGCUGACAACUGCGCAAUCGCCGAGCCCUACUGGCUCAGCUCCUCCGGUAUCUUCUACUACUUCGACAAGAAAGUCCCGCUCUUCGUGGACCAAAACAACAGGGACAAAAAUGCUGCAUGCUUCAAAGCACAAAUAAAAUCUCCUUACUCGAGCAAAAGGGACAAAAACGACUUAAUAUACGCCAUCGGUAUAUUCGAAGACCCGAGGAAAGCUCACGAGUAUGCCAUUGAGAAUUAUUUAGGAAAGCCAACAGAAAUACCCGAUGAGACUAUGAUCAAAUAUCCCAUCUGGUCGACAUGGGCGAAAUACAAACGGAAUAUCGACCAUGAAGUGGUGUUGCAGUAUGCAGAUGACAUUAAAAAGUAUGAUUUUCCCAAUAGCCAAUUGGAGAUCGAUGAUCUGUGGGAGACAUGCUACGGUUCACAAGAGGUCGACCGCGAAAGGUUCCCGAAUAUGAAAGAUACUGUAGCAAAAUUGAAUGAGAAAGGGUUCAGAGUGACGCUUUGGACACAUCCGUUUAUUAACAAGGGCUUCGAGACGAGCUGGUGGAAUGAUAACAAAACGACUACAGCAUACAUCGAUUUCACGAAACCCGAAGCGCGUAACUGGUACAUCGACCGACUGAAGAAGCUCAAGAAUGAGACAGGAAUAGACAGUUUCGUGUUUGACGCUGGAGAGACCAGCUGGUCUCCACAGAUUCCAGAACUACAAGGCAACAUAAGAGACCAGCCUGGCGUGAUUACCGCUGAUUACGUGAGAGCGGCAGCACAGCUCGGUCCAUCGGUGGAAGUCCGAACUGGAUACAGCCUAGACAAUAGAAAGUUAAACGUCGAUAACAUAUUUAACUCCAAAAUGUAAAAUGAAUUAAAGGAAAACAUAUUUAUAAAUUAUUACGCGACAUCACACGAUGCUCCGUAAUGUUCGCUCGCGUUUGGUUUUUUCAAUCCACAGCUCAUAAAUAACAAGUAAAAUUUACAUUUUUUUUUAAUAUUACAUCGUUAUUGUUUACAUUUGAAAUUGACAAUCGCGACGAGCAGGACCCAAAACCUGCCCGUGUUCGUGCGGAUGGUGGACAAGGACUCGUACUGGACGUUCGAGAACGGCCUCCCCACGGUGGUGACGACGCUCCUGCAGAUGAACAUGAACGGCUACUCGCUGGUGCGGCCCGACGCCGCGGGCGGCCGCGGCCCCCGGCGCCCCGACAAGGAGCUGUUCCUGCGCUGGCUGCAGGCCACCGCCUUCAUGCCCGUCAUGCACUUCUCCCACGCGCCGUGGGACUUCGACAACGAGGUUCGCUUUACAUUAUAG